AUGGAGGCCGCGCCCGGGACCCCCCCGCCGCCGCCAUCAGAGUCGCCGCCGCCGCCAUCGCCGCCGCCGCCAUCAACGCCUUCGCCUCCUCCGUGUUCCCCCGACGCCCGCCCGGCCACCCCGCACCUCCUCCACCACCGCCUCCCGCUCCCUGACGACAGGGAGGAUGGUGAACUGGAAGAAGGUGAACUUGAAGACGAUGGGGCCGAAGAGACCCAGGACACCUCUGGGGGGCCAGAGCGGAGCCGGAAAGACAAGGGGGAGAAGCACCAUAGUGACUCAGAUGAGGAGAAGGCCCACCGGCGGCUGAAACGCAAGCGGAAGAAAGAGCGGGAGAAGGAGAAGAGGCGAUCAAAGAAGAGGAGGAAAUCCAAGCACAAACGCCACGCUUCGUCCAGUGAUGACUUCUCCGACUUCUCUGAUGACUCGGACUUCAGCCCCAGCGAGAAGGGGCACCGGAAGUACCGGGAGUACAGCCCACCCCCCUAUGUACCGUCCCACCAGCAAUAUGGCUCGUCUCACCCCCCAUCCCUGCCCAAGAAAUCCUACUCCAAGCUGGACAGCAAGGGCUAUGGCCUGUACGAGGACUACGAGAACGAGCAGUAUGGAGAGUAUGAGGGGGACGAGGAGGAGGACCUGGGCAAAGAGGAUUACGAUGACUUCACCAAAGAACUCAACCAGUACCGGCGUGCCAAGGAGGGCAGCGGCCGGGGCCGAGGCAGCCGAGGCCGUGGCCGAGGCUAUAGGGGCCGAGGAAGCCGUGGAGGGUCUCGAGGUCGAGUCAUGGGCCGGGGCGGCCGAGGCCGGGGCCGGGGCGUGGGAGACCACCCGGAGGAUGAGGAGGACUUCUACGAUGAGGAGAUGGAGUAUGGAGACAAUGAGGAGCCGAUGGGAGAGGACGAUUAUGACGAGUACUCCAAGGAGCUGAACCAGUACCGCAGGUCCAAGGACGGCCGAGGACGAGGUUUGAGUCGAGGCCGAGGCCGGGGCUCCCGAGGCCGAGGCAAAGGGAUGGGCCGGGGCCGCGGCCGUGGAGGGAGCCGUGGAGGACUUAAUAAGGGCAUGGAUGACGACGACUACUACGACGAGGACAUGGGCGACAGCGGUGGGGGUAACUACCGACGGAGCGACCAUGACAAGCCCCACCAGCAGUCGGACAAGAAAGGCAAAGUCAUCUGCAAGUACUUCGUGGAAGGGCGCUGCACAUGGGGAGAUCACUGCAAUUUCAGCCAUGACAUUGAACUACCAAAGAAGCGAGAACUCUGCAAGUUUUACAUCACUGGUUUCUGCGCCCGUGCUGAGAACUGCCCCUACAUGCAUGGUGAUUUCCCAUGUAAGCUCUACCACACGACAGGGAACUGCAUCAACGGGGACGACUGUAUGUUCUCCCACGACCCGCUCACAGAGGAGACCAGGGAACUCCUGGACAAGAUGCUGGCUGAUGACGCAGAAGCCGGUGCUGAGGAUGAAAAGGAGGUUGAGGAACUGAAGAAGCAGGGCAUCAACCCCCUGCCCAAGCCACCACCUGGUGUGGGCCUCCUGCCCACUCCACCUCGCCCCCCGGGCCCCCCAGCCCCGACCUCUCCCAACGGCAGGCCCAUGCAGGGGGGCCCCCCGCCCCCACCUCCACCCCCACCACCUGGGCCGCCUCAAAUGCCCAUGCCUGUGCACGAGCCACUGUCCCCGCAGCAGAUGCCCCAGCAGCAGAACAUGUAUAACAAGAAGAUCCCCUCCUUGUUUGAGAUUGAAGUCCGGCCCACAGGGCAGCUGGCAGAGAAGCUGGGCGUGAGGUUCCCUGGACCUGGUGCACCCCAAGGACCUAUGGGCCCUGGGCCUAACAUGGGACCCCCUGGACCAAUGGGGGGACCAAUGCACCCUGACAUGCACCCAGAGAUGCAUACAGACAUGCACCCAGAGAUGCAUCCAGACGUGCACCCGGACAUGCCUAUGGGCCCUGGCAUGAAUACUGGUCCCCCCAUGGGGCCUGGAGGUCCCCCAAUGAUGCCCUAUGGCCCUGAAGACUCACCACAUUCUGGAAUGAUGCCCUCCAUCCCACCAGCCCAGAACUUCUACGAAAACUUCUACCAGCAGCAGGAGGGCAUGGAGAUGGAGUCAGGGCUCCUGGGGGACUCAGAGGACUACGGGCACUGUGAAGAGCUGGCUGGGGGCCCUGGGGAGCACCUCUUCUCAGACCUCCCCUUGGAGUCUGAUAGCUUCUCUGAGGGCGGGCCCCAAGGCCGGCCAAAGCCAGGAGCUGGUGUCCCUGACUUCCUGCCCUCAGCCCAGCGGGCCCUGUACCUGCGGAUCCAGCAGAAGCAGCAGGAGGAAGAGGAGAGAGCGAGGCGGCUGGCUGAGAACAGCAAACAGGACCGGGAGAAUGAGGAAGGCGACACAGGAAACUGGUACUCGAGUGACGAGGAUGAGGGUGGGAGCAGCGUCUCUUCCAUCCUCAAGACCCUGCGGCAGCAGACAUCCAGCCGACCCCAGGCCUCAGCUGGGGAGCUGAGCAGUGGCGGGCUGGGGGACCCCCGCCUCCAGAAGGGACAUGCCACAGGCAGCCGGCUGGCAGACCCCCGCCUAAGCCGGGACCCCAGACUCAGCAGACACGCCGAGGCCUCCAGUGGGCCGGCAUCUGGGGACUCCGGGCCUUCUGACCCCCGGCUGGCCCGCUCACUGCCUGUGCCCAAGCCUGAUGGCAGCCUCCACACCAGCCCCGCGGGCCCUGGCAGCACCAAGGGGUCCGGGCCUCCCUCUGCUGAAGAGGAGGAAGGGGAGCGUGCUCUGCGGGAAAAGGCCGUGAACAUCCCCCUGGACCCCCUGCCCGGACACCCCCUGCGGGACCCACGCUCGCAGCUGCAGCAGUUCAGCCACAUCAAGAAAGAUGUGACGCUGAGCCGGCCCAGCUUCGCCCGCACGGUGCUCUGGAACCCCGAGGACCUGAUCCCCCUGCCCAUCCCCAAGCAGGAUGUGGUGCCACCUGUGCCCGCUGCCCUGCAGGCCAUGCCAGCCCUGGACCCCCGGCUGCACCGCUCCUCCACCACAGCGCCCCCUAACCCCCGGCAGCGCCCUGGUGCCACCACAGAGCCUGGCACGUCCGUCUCCAGCCUGCCCGACUUUGAGCUCCUCUCUCGUAUCCUCAAGACUGUCGGCACCAGUGGCUCCUCAGGGGCCCCCAGUGAAAAGCCCAGUGACCCUCGGGUGCGCAAGGCCCCCACUGACCCCCGGCUGCAGAAGUCAGCGGACCCUGCCGGCACCUCCCGAGCAGCCAAGCCUAGUCCCACAGAGGCACCGGCACCUGCUGGCAGCCCCAGCGGCGGCUCCUCGCCCCCAGCCAUUGCCCCCUACGACCCGCGUGUGCUGGCAGCCGGUGGCCUGGGCCAGGGCAGUGGGAGUGGCCAGAGCAACGUGUUGAGUGGCAUCAGCCUCUACGACCCCAGGACUCCGCAUGCCGGGGGCAAGGCUGCAGAGCCGGCUGCUGAUGGGAGCACGCAGCCCAAGGGCCCCGAGGGCAAUGGUAAGGGCACCCCCACCGCCACCAAGGCCAAGGAGCCGCCCUUCGUCCGCAAGUCCGCCCUGGAACAGCCUGAAGCCACCAAGUCUGGUGCAGACGGGUGCCCGGCCACAGACCGAUACAACAGCUACAACCGGCCCCGGCCCAAGGCCGCAGCGGCCCCCACCACCACCACUGCACUGACCCCGCCACCAGAGGGUGCCGCACCGCAGCCUGGGGUGCACAACCUUCCCGUUCCCACCCUAUUUGGGACUGUGAAGCAGGCACCCAAGACUGGCACUGGAAGCCCGUUUGCUGGCAACAGCCCGGCCCGCGAGGGUGAGCAGGACGCAGGCUCCCUCAAGGAUGUUUUUAAAGGCUUUGACCCCACUGCCUCCCCUUUCUGCCAGUAG